AUGGGUGCAGGAAGGAAGACAGAGACCUAUACAUUGGCUCCAGAUGGAUACCCAUAUGGAACUAUGUGUGUGAGGAAUCUUAAGAAGGGAGAUCUUUGUGCGGUUAUUUUUGGAUGCAAAUUCAGCACUAUCAAAGAGUGCUAUGCUAAGAAAUUGUUUGGUUUACCAUCCCCUCAUAUGGCAUAUAUCAAGAACAUCGAUCCCGGUUUGACCUUGUUUCUGUUCAACUACAGUGAUCGAACACUUCACGGCAUCUUUGAAUCUGCAAGUGAAGGAAAACUGAACAUUGAUCCCAAAGCUUGGUCUCCAAAUGGGACAGAUCCAAGUCCAUAUCCUGCUCAGGUAAGGGUACGAGUCCGAGUGCAGUGUGAGCCCUUGCUUGAAGAACAGUUCGGCCCAAUAAUUGCUGAGAACUACAAGGAUGAAAAGAUGUUUUGGUUUGAACUAGAUCGAGUGCAGACAAACAAGCUUCUCCGUUUGUUUAAACCAUCACCAUCUGUAAGGGGACCAUCGAUCUCCAGCAAUGCUGCACCACCAUCCAGAAAGCCUAUCCCCGCAUCUUCUCUUGCAGAGAUAGGUGAGUUAGGAGCACCACAUGUUGAUAAGUGGAGCAGUCUUUUCAAAACCUCAGAUGGUUCUAGUGAAAACAAAGGAAAAGACUCAAAAGACGGCGGAGCAGUUUCAAAUGUGGUCAAUCUUGGAAAAACUAAAGAGUGGGAAGCAGCUGCCAAUAAUGCGGAUGUGCGAAAUGCUCAACCAUCAGUGUCACAAUCUGGUUCAUCUUACUCAUCAGUUCUGAAAAACAUGACUGCUCCUUCAACCCAGGAAAAGAAAACUUCUUUGACAAAUGAAGUUCCAUCUCAAGCAGGUAAAGGAGUUGCAAAUAAUUGGUCAUCUGCUUAUCAUCAACAAAUUCUCCAUCCGACACAAAAGGGAACUUCUGCUACAGUUAACAAUGUAAUAGGACCAAGCAAGAAAGCUUUUACUGAGGACACAUGUUCAGAAAUCGAUUGGGAUGCUGCGUCAAACUUUAAAGUCCAUCUUGAAGGACUGAACAGGAUUUUGGACGAUCCUGGGGCUAAUAACAAUGGUUUCAAGAGAUUUGAUGGUAACACGGGAUUUGCUUCUUCUUCUUCUAUGGUGCCUAAUCAUUGGGAGGAUGAGGAAGUGAAUGUAGAUAAAUCACCGUGUGGAUCCUCGUAUGUUUCCGCCAUGACAGGAGACACACUUGAUGACCUUGGAGAUGACAAAGAGAAGCAGCAGCGUAUGGAUAACUUCAAUUUGGAAAUGGGAUCCACCACUUUCGUCGAUAUCUUGAAUGAGAUACUGUCGGAAGUGAAAGAGUUGAAGCUAACUCAGAUGAAACAAGCUGAGUAUAUGAUUUCUUUGGAGAUGGAUCAGCUUGAAUCAAGAAAAGAGAUACUACGACUGAAGGCGAGAAAUGGGAGUUCUUAA